AUGGAAGAGCAGACGACCAUGGAAGCUGGCCCAGACGAUGAAAUUGGCCAAGAGGAUAUAGAGGAUAAGUAUCAUCGCGUACUAGCUGAGCUUUACCUUGAUCGUGAGACUCCUCUCCUCGAGGAGGCUGAGUAUAGUAGCCUACGGGACUUGCUUCCCUUUCAGCUUCUCUACGACGGCCUGAAUUGUGAUCGCAGCACUUUGGCCGACCUGGGUGUUCCACACGGGUCUGAUGUCUCGGUCGACCUCGUCCGGCUGGCGAAGCCGAAAGAGUUCAAGAAGCUUGCUGACAUCGACGUUCAUUCCGAGGGGUACCACUGUCACGAUAGCUAUAUGGUUCGAUUGGCAUGCCAGGAUCCCCAGCGAUUCUGUUUGGGCUUUUGUCGUCACUUUCAUGGGUCGGACUUCCAUACACACAGGAAGGCGAUCAGGGAGGGGAAACUUGCGCGAGAUCAGCCGUACUUCGAAGAAGUCGUGGUGGUGGAUAUUGCUCAGAAGAUCCUCUCUGGGGAGAGCACCCAGAAUAUGUUCCGCAGUGUCUGUCGCUAUGAAGACAAGGGGGCUGGAGGCUUCAGGGUCGUCAGGCCUUUGGCACUUGCAGAAGAUGAAAGUGUUUACCUCCUAUCAGCGAUAAAUGGUGCAGGAGGUGCUCAAGAGUACCAGAUACAUCGUGCUGCGCGCAACUCCCAAGGCACGGACCCGGAAUCACUUGAACUGCUGUUCAAUGCCGGAGACAUGUGCAUCUUCAACUGCAUCUUCGCAAAGGGCUGCCUGUUCGCUCUUGCCGCCAAAGCCGACGGCGAGAGUAAGUACAUACUGGAGCUCAGACUGUGUGAUGGCCUGUUUACCGAGCUACGGCGGGUUCCUCUCGUGCCGCCCAGCUGCGGGGGCUGGGCUCGGAGCGAAAGACAGAGGCCUCGCUUCCUCUGUCUGGACGAUACAGGUGAUGCACUGUGGGUGAACAGCUCCGUUGCUCUGCUUGUACUUCCUCUUGACACCUUGGAGCCUCACGCCUGUUGCCUGUGGAAGGACCUGCGGGUGGCAGAGCCACGCGAACACUUGCAGCUGCAUGUUAGGAGUGUGCUGCUUCACAAACAGACACGUGAAGUCUACCUACUCUUUGACAACAGCACCGGUGUCUUUCAUACUCGUUAUCAGACUGAGAUCGAUGACCUAUCGGUGUAUGAUCCUUGCUUUGUUCGACGCUUGAUCCCAUCUCCAGCGAUCGGGCCGCCAUGGAAAGUGUGCUACGAAGAUCUUCCAGGGGACAAGGUUGCCAUUGGCGAUUUCUGUAUUGAUGGUUUCUCGGAUUCCUUCUGCAUCACUGAGUCCCACAUGCUGGAGUCCCCCUCUGCCCAGCACCUGCAGGUCUUGGAUGCAGAAGGGGGCUUUUGGGACCUGAAAAUUUAA